CCUGUGUUGGGUUGCUCUGGAUUGCGUCUGUGCUCAUCGAUGGAGACUGGUAUGUUUGCUGUAGAAACAAUCUCCCUCCAGAGAAAGUUGAUCUUCCCUGCAAAAAAAGCAGAUGAGCUCAACCUUGAAGACAAAAUGACCGUGACUCAACUCAGAAAUGAAUCGUUGGCUGUUGGUUCGUUAAUUGCGCUGGGUGCUGCUGUUAUGUUGAUUCUGUCUGUCAUACAUCGAUGUCACUGCUGUGCUAAAGGUUGUAGGAGGUGGUGUGAUGGUCAGAACAAUGGAUAUCAACCUCUGAACUCGUCUGGGAGUCAGAACACGUCUGGGAGUCAGAACACGUCUGGGAGUCAGAACACGUCUGGGAGUCAGAACACGUCUGGGAGUCAGAACACGUCUGGGAGUCAGAACACGUCUGGGAGUCAGAACACGUCUGGGAGUCAGAACACGUCUGGGAGUCAGAACACGUCUGGGAGUCAGAACACGUCUGGGAGUCAGAACACGUCUGGGAGUCAGAACACGUCUGGGGAGUCAGAACACGUCUGGGAGUCAGAACACGUCUGGGAGUCAGAACACGUCUGGGAGUCAGAACACGUCUGGGAGUCAGAACACGUCUGGGAGUCAGAACACGUCUGGGAGUCAGAACACGUCUGGGAGUCAGAACACGUCUGGGAGUCAGAACACGUCUGGGAGUCAGAACACGUCUGGGAGUCAGAACACGUCUGGGAGUCAGAACUCGUCUGGGAGUCAGAACACGUGGAGCGAGGUAGCGGGUUUGAGGAGCGCUAUCCGGGUAGAGGGCUUGGGGAUCAUAACCGCUGUCGGAACCCGGACAACAGGAUCAGACCCUGGUGCUUCUUCAGGAACAGCCGCGGCAGAACCGACUGGGGCUACUGCGACUGUAAACAAGGGUCAGUGCGCCUGCAGGGCGGCCGCUCUAAGCUGGAUGGCAGGGUGGAGGUGUAUCUACAGGGGGUCUGGGGGUCUGUCUGUGGUGAUGACUGGGGAGAGCAGGACGCUACAGUGGUCUGCAGACAGCUGGGACAGGGUUUCUCUGGCCGAGCGCGCUCCUCCGCCCUAUCUCCCCGAGGGGGUGUGGUCAGAAUGCACUGGGGGGCGGUCCACUGUCAGGGGGAGGAGCCUGAUAUACUGCAGUGUCCCAGUGUUCCAUGGAACGGAGGGGAGUGUCCCCACGCUGCAGCCGCCACCUGUACCCCAAUGGAAGGUAGGAGGAGUGUCCCCACCUGCAGGGGUCACCUGUACCCCAAUGGAAGUGGUAGCGUUGGUGCCAGUGAGGUUGGUGGGGGGUGUCAGCGUGGGAGGGGCGUGUUGAGGUUUUCCACGGGGGCGUGUGGGGACUCCUCCUGCGGCUAA